UUCCUUUACAGCUCUGAGCCAGAAGAAGACAGCAGCAAGCAACGACAAUCCUGGGAUUCUUGUUUGGGAUAUUUGAUCGCCUUAUUAUAAAUCUAUGACAAUUCCUGUCAUAAAAACCGCAGAUAAUGGCCAAUAAGAAGAAAGUAAUAGUAACAGGUUUUGAACCUUUUGGGGAGCAUGCAGUGAACUCCAGCUGGGUGGCAGUACAGGAGCUGGAGCGAUUAGGGUUGGGUGAAGAAGUAGAUCUUCAUGUGUGUGAGGUGCCUGUUGAAUACCAGGCUGUUCAGAGCCUCCUGCCAUCUCUGUGGAGAAAGCACCAGCCACAGUUAGUGGUUCAUGUCGGUGUUUCUGGGUUAGCCACCACUGUCACUCUGGAGCAGUGCGGCCACAACAAGGGUUACAAACGCCCGGACAACUGCAGCUUCUGCCCAUCUUCCCAGUGUUGCAUGGAGAACGGCCCCGACUGCAUACGCUCCGUCCUGGACAUGGAUACAGUCUGCAAAAGGGUCACUGACUCUGGCCUCGGGGUCGCUUUUUCUGUGUCUAAGGAUGCUGGGAGGUAUCUAUGUGACUACACCUACUACACCUCUCUGCACCUGGGGCAGGGUCGCUCUGCCUUCAUCCAUGUGCCUCCGCUAGGAAAACCCUACAGCAGCCGGGACCUGGGUAGAGCUCUUCAGGCCGCCGUACAGGAGAUGCUGAAACUGCUGGAACUGGAUCACAAACACAACGAGCACUGCAAUCACAAGCAUCAACACCAGCAUGACCACUAAUGACUCCUCACAAGCUGAGGAGACUCAUGGAAUAAAUUCACCAAAAUGGACCGCUGGCUUUACUACGAGGUAGUCAGUGUGACUCCUGAGGCAAGUAAAAUAUAUAACUGAUUUAGUCGUGUGGCUUAAAAGAUUCAAAAACCUGUGACUUAUAGUGCAGUUGGGGGUUCUCAAGAUUAUCUCCAGAAAUUAAUGGCAUGAACUUCACAUUUGUUGUCAAAAAUAGGAACUCAUGUCGGAAUUUGGUGCUUUUAAUUGUAAUAUCAGGUCCAACUGUAAGCCAUGUGCUGUAUCUUAAAAAUAUUGAAGGUUUUACAACUCCCUGACUACAGCAUCUGUUUAUUGAAGACUUGGUCCGGGUCUUUGCAUGUGUGGGUUUGAAUGUGUGCACAGGAGAAGUGGGCGUCUGUGAGUGUUAGUCAUGUCUCGCUACAAUUCUGCCUCUGAUCUUCCAUAAGACUGUGAAAAGAGAUGUCAACCCAACAGCAAUUGUGGACAUAUUGACAUUGUGUCGUGUGAAAAGGGGGAUUUAUGUGACUAUAUUAAUAUAGAACCAGUAGUACUAACAAGGUAGUAGCUGAAACCGCAAGUUGUAUGUGGUGAUACACUGUGGAAACUUUUACAGUUACACUAAUUUUUUAAGCCACAUCCUUCUCCUGCCACCUGUGAGUCUGUCCUCUCACUGUUUUGAAGUAUUUCAGUCUCCCAAGUCCUCUUGGUAUGAUUUGGUUGUUGUCUUGGAGUUAUGCUGUCAUUCCCUUGUGUUGCAUGUAUUUGCACCAGAGAAAUCUGAAGGAAGAAAUUUAACGAGUCACACUUAUAAUGAUUUGUUUAUCUCAGGGAAUAUAUUACACAUGCAAUGAAUAUUAAGUAAUGUGAUUAAUUGAAUGUGUCUGUCCUAUGUAUGUAGUGCAGCUGUGCAAGGCAAAGCCGGGUUGAAGCUGUGUAGAAUAAAAAUACUACACACAGGCUUAUUUUUUAUUUGUCCUUGUCAGUCUUCAGUCAGAUGAGAUACUGCUUGUAGAUACUCAUACAUUGUUUUUUUAAUUGUGUUCCUUUUGUUAUUGUCACUUACAUGACACGUCAAUAUCCAGAACAUGAAAAUCUUAGCAGUUAUGCUUCUCUCUAAUAACUUUAUAGUAAUGACUUUGAUGGAUUUAAAAGUUUUUUAAAUCUCCCAUGGUAUAAAGAUUUGGACCCAUAGCUGUAUAAUAAUUGAACUUUUUUGUGCAUGACACUAUUGUUACCAUUGACAUAAGGGUUACUGAUUCACAGGGCAGAUGUAUUUUACAAAAUCUGUCAACACUACAAAUCUGUAGAGUAGCAAUAGUUUGUUUUCCAAGUGUUUUAAUUGUUAAAAUGUUGAGUGCAGUAUAAUUGACUGUACUCUAAAUGGGUUUUAUGGCAACGUCAUCACUUGCAUUCUGUUUUCCUUUUUCUUUCCUUGUUUCUGUCUUUCAUUUGUGUCCCAGGACUGUAUAAAGCAAAUAAAGCAGCUUCAAGGUCUUUUUUA